GGGAACGGAUGUUGUUUGCCCCGCCCCUUCAGGGCUUUUUGUCCCGUUAACUGUCGGAGUUCGGGGGGCUCCAGCGCCGGGCGACAUGCCGGCGCGCUUCAAGGGGCUGAGUGAAUACCAGAGGAACUUUCUGUGGAAAAAGUCAUACUUGUCAGAGUCCUGUAAUUCCUCAGUGGGGCAAAGGUACCCAUGGGCUGGACUUAGAUCAGAUCAAUUAGGAAUCACGAAAGAGCCAAGUUUUAUUUCCAAAAGAAGAGUCCCUUACCAUGACCCACAGAUUUCAAAAUCUCUUGAGUGGAAUGGAGCUCUCUCAGAGAAUGACGUGCUUGUGUCACCGCAGCCUGAAGCCCCAGAAACACCAGAGUCACAGCAGGCAGAGCACAAAGAAGACAUUAACCAAGAAAGAGUUCUUGCACUAGGAGCCUCCAGGGUUCCCAAGGGAACCCGGUCUCACUCUGCAGAAUCCAAAGCUGAAGGGGCUUCUGAUAUUGUGGAAAAUAAUAAGGAUGUCAUAGCAAACCAUGUACCAGCUAAAGAAAAUGUGGAAGGGGAACAUUCUACCAAGCUUCUCUCAGAAAACAUAGAUAAUAAGUUGGAUAGAUUUCUGCAGAAGAAAGCUGGAUUGACUGUUGUUCCUUCACAUAGUGUCUUGAGAAAUUCUGAAUAUCAAAGGCAGUUUGUUUGGAAGACCCCUAAAGAAACUGCUCCAGUUUUUGCAGCCAAUCAGGUUUUCCACAAUAAAAGCAAAUUUGUUCCACAAUUCAAAGGUAACUCAAUAAUCCAUGAAACGGAAUACAAAAGAAAUUUCAAGGGUUUAUCUCCGGUGAAAGAACCAAAAUUAAGAAACGAUUUGAAAGAAAACGAACAUUUGGAAAUAGUAUCUCCUGAGAAAGAGUGUAAUAAAACAGACGACUCUUUAAAAUUAGAAGUAGAGAUGGAAUCAAAAGACUUAAACCAGCCUAAAAAGAAGCUCACCCCAUGGAGACAUCAAAGACUUGGGAAGGUGAAUUCUGAAUAUAGAGCAAAAUAUCUGAGUCCAGCCCAGUAUUUAUAUAAAGCUGGGGCUUGGACACGUGUGAAGGAAAACAUACCAAGUCAGGGUUCUCUAAAUGCAAUGUGGUAUGCAGAGGUUAAAGAGCUCCGAGAGAAGGCUGAGUUUUAUAGGAAACGAGUUCAGGGAACACAUUUCUCUCGGGACCAUCUGAAUCAGAUUCUGUCUGAUAAGAACUGCUUUUGGGAUGUCUCCUCGACCACGAGUUCAGAAGGAACUAUUAGUAGUAACAUUAGAGCACUAGACCUUGCUGGAGAUCCUACAAGCCAUAAGAAUUUGCAGAAAUAUCCUUCUACAAAACUAGAAGAAAAAAGACCUAUCUUGGAAGAACAGCCCCAGAAAAAUACCACAGAAAAAUUGGGCGUGUCAGAUGCUCCCACUGUACCUGUUAGAAGGCGUUUGGCUUGGGAUGCAGAGGACACCAAUGAAGAUAUACAAAAACAGCCGAGAGAAGAGGAAGAGGAGGAGGAAAGGGAAAGGGACAAGCAGGUUUAUAUGGGAGAGUUAGAGAAGUUGAAAGUACAUGAAAAAUCUAAGGCAGGCAAGAUAAAAGAAGGGUCGGACUCUUCUUCUGUAUCCUCAGAAAAAGGAGGCAGGCUUCCUACUCCGAAGCUGAGAGAACUUGGGGGAGUCCAAAGGACUCAUCAUGAUCUUACCACUCCGGCUGUUGGUGGUGCUGUUUUAGUGUCUCCAUGUAAGGUGAAGCCUCCAGUCCCAGAACAGAAGAAAAGAAUGUCUCCUCAGGAUGGCUUAGAAACGCCAAAGAGUGAUUUUAGGAAGAAAGAAAGUCAUGCGGUAGCCCUUGUGACUUCUCCAGCUGCUGGUGUGACAACAGCUGAUCCCCUGCCUUUGAGGGAAGAUUCUGACAUCAAUAUCCCCAAAUUGUCUGCGGCAGCUCAUCCAGUGUCAGAAAUUCAAGACUGUCCAACAAACACACCUGGACAGUCUCCUUCUCCACCCUGUGCUUCAUCCUACUGGCAUCCUUCUCGUCGAAUUCAGGGCUCUCUGAGAGACCCAGAAUUUCAGCAUAACGUUGGAAAAGCAAGGAAGAACAAUUUCCAGUUACCCCGGCAUGAAGCCUUUAAUGAUGAAGAUGAGGACAGAUUAUCUGAGAUUUCUGCUCGCUCUGCAGCCUCUAGUCUCCAGGCUUUUCAAACUCUGGCACGAGCUCAGAAAAGGAAGGAGAAUUUCUGGGGCAAAACAUAAUUAAACAUACACCUGGCCGAAUCACUUUUGUCUAGGGAACCACUGGCACAAUUUUUCCUCAUAAGCUUUGCUAUGUUAGGGCUCUUCAAGUGUUUGGGUUUUUUCCCCUAACAUUUCCCACUUAAGGAGAAUUAUUUGAUUUUUCAAUAGCCAAUUCAAUUUACUUGGAAAAUUUUAACACACGUUGAUACAAAUUUAACUUUUAAAGAAUUCUUUUUACAUCUAUUUCAAAUUAUAAAGACAUAGAUUACAUAGUUCUUCACGUUUUAACUUUUGUAUUAGGUGUCAUGGAUAGCUGGUAGAAUCAUGAAUUUUACCUACCUAGAGAAUAUUCUAAAAAGUGAACAAAGUGAAGUAAAAAUUAAGAUCCUGAUAUGAAGUACAAGGUCUGUCCAGAAAGUAUCCAGCCAUGCAAUAUGAAAAAUAGAGACAUUUAUUGAAGAAGGUACAAGAUACAAGAAACGCUGUAUGUAGGACAAUGAUGCCUCAGUCCCCUUCAAAGCAGGGGAAGACCUCACACAGUUCUCCCAUCAUUUCUUCCACUGUUCAAAACACUCUGCAAAAUCCUUUGUUAUAAUUGCCAUCAGCUGCCCCAUCAUAUUUUGUUGGAUCUCAUCGAUGGUCUGAAAUCUCUUCCCCUUCAGAAGAGAUUUCAGUUUUGGGAAAAGCCAGUAGUUUUGGGAAUCCCCAGAUCAGCUUCUAGUUCUCACACUGCCAGUCGCCUAUCUUUGUCGAUUGUAGCCCAUCAACAUGUUCAACAUUCUCAGGCGUUCUGCUUGUUGCAGACCUUCCAGAACAUGGAUCACUUUCAACAAAGCCUUGACCAUCUUUGAAGCACUUACGCUACAUUUUUAUUCGCAUUGUACUCAUUGCAGUGUUCCUGAAAGCUUUCUGAAUCAUCCAGACAGUUUCUGCUGAGGAAUGUUAAGCUUACUGCAAAAUUUGAUGCAGAUUCAUUGCUGUACUCGCUCAGUCAAUUUGGAUGUGAUGGUCAUGCAGUACACACACUCACUCAAUGGAGUCAGUUACCUCCAUUGACUAACACAGUGAGGUCAUCGUUCGCACAUGCACAUUCUAGUCCACUCUCCUUGGCUGCCUGGUUAAAUCGAUGUCACAAAACCCGUUCUCUUUAUAUUAACAAUGGCUGGACUUUUUCUGGACAGACCUCAUAUAUAUUACUCUAAGAUUGGUUCUAUUAUCUUUAUAAUUGUAGAUGUCAUAAACUGAAUUUUUUGUGCUUUUAAGUUUUCCUGUAGUGUUUUUUAGUACCUUCUGUGUGUGGUUAAAUGUUAAGAUACUUUAUCUUAGAUUUAAAAGACCAGCUGUAUAUAUUUUUCUUAUUUAUGUAACAAAGUUUGCUGAAAGAAUAUGUAUAUUUUUAUCUUUGUGUGUAUUCUAUUUGUAUGAGGACUGGCUUACAUUUAAAUAAUGUCUGAAUUUUGAAAAAGUAUUUGUAUAAUGGAAAAGUAAAACUUUGUAGACAUUUCAAAAUAAAAAUCAAGUAUUUCACUUCU